GAAUGAUGUUACUCACUUUAAAAUUAAAUACCAAACACCUUUAAGAAAAAUCAUAAAAAGACACACAAUUACAAUUGAAAUGGCCGACCCCAUCUUCCCCACUUUUACUUUCCUUAACCCAGCCAUUUUCAUUUCUUCCAAUCUUAUUAUCAAACACAACUCAUAAUCUUCAUUCUUCCUUCUUCUUCACCUUCAAACCCUAAAACAAACAUCUGCAAAUCAUCAAAUGAUUUCCCUAUCUCCACCUCCAACAUCUCCAUUCCAACCCACCAAACAAAACCCAACAAUCCCCUACUGGAAAAUCACAAACAACGAACCAAUUAUAGUUCUCAGAAGACCUAGCCGAACAAACCCAUUAAUAUGGUGCUGUGCAAUCAUCUGUUUAAUAUUCAGCAUCCUCCUAAUCAUCAUAGCAAUCACAACCCUAAUCAUAGUUUUCGCAUUAAAACCAAAAACACCCAAUUUCGAUACUCCAAACGCCAUUCUAAACCUAGUCUACUUCGAUUCGCCGGACAACUUCAACGGAGACUUCAUCUUCUUGGCGAACUUCACUAACCCGAAUAAGAAAGUUGACGUGAGAUUCGAAUAUGUGAAUCUCGAACUCUAUUUUUCAGAUAAUCUGAUUUCUGCUCAAGGGUUACAGCCUUUUUCGAUGAGGAAAGGUGAGACCAGGUUAGUUACUUUAAGAAUGAUUUCAAGUAUGGUGUUCUUGCCUCAGAAUUCUGCUGUGAAACUUCAAAGACAGGUUUUGGCUAAUAGAGUGAAUUUUAAGAUUAGGGGUACUUUUAAAGUUAAGGUUAAUUUGGGUCCUGUUCAUUUUUCUUAUUGGUUACAUGGAUGGUGUCAAUUGGAGAUGACUAGUCCUCCUAGUGGUGUUCUUGUUGCUAGAAAUUGCAGGACUAAGAGAUAGAGAUUUAUUUGGGUUUCUGGUGAAAUUUUUCUAUGUUUUUUCAUGUGAUCAGAUUUUGUAGAUAAUGUAUAGGAUGAUGAAGUGAUGAUCGAUUAUGGGAUGAAAAAUCAAUUAUGAUCUAUUAUUGUGCUUUCAAUA